CCGGGUGGUCGAGAUGAGUAUCGCCGAGAUUGAGGAACUCCUGGCUGGCGAUAUGAUCACACGCGGUCACGAGUCCGAUUCAUGGCAGCCAUAGCGGGGGUCAGAGCCAGAAAGUCUUUGGUGGUGGCAGAUCAAUUGCUCGACCAAGCGUUGAAGGAGUCGCCUCCUACAGCUCGAUCGAUCGAAUUCGAAGCGAGUCUUGCUGCACAUCAUAUAUGGAUGGAUCGAGACAUUGGCGAGAGUUUGCGACCUGUUAUUCAGACUCUGGAUCAAAAAGAGAUCGAAUUCGGGGGGUAUGCCUGGACACAAGCCUCGGUCACACUAUUCGAAAAUCGAUCGUCCAGUGAUACGGCACUCAAUGAUCGUUUGGCAGACGCUUCAUUCAGGAUCAUCGAGCACAAACUUGGCGGCCAAACUGGGGAGCAUGCCGCCGUUCAAGCGUUGGUGAACGUCGCCCAACGGAUCGCUGCCACGUGCGUCCUAAGCCCUGAGCAGAGGAUGAAUUUCAUCAUGCGAGCUGUUACGCUUGGCAGGAGCCGUUACGAACGAGGAGCGUGGUUUGCUUACUGGUUUCCGGUCAUACGGGCGAGUGUAGCUCGAGAUGACGACAUGUCACUGGAGGAGGCAAUGGCUAUCUGGAACGAGACAGCGGAUUGGGCGUUUCAUCUGCGUUUAAACGUUUGCGUUACAGGGCUGCCUGAGGACAGCCCUAGAGCUCGAGACUUUCUCAUUGCGAUCUUAAAGGUGGAGCACGGUCUGCGAGGAAAGGGACUCGCGAAGGAUCAAAUUUGGUCGAGUGAACCGCUCUUGUCGGCCAUCAAAGCCCGUGGAAUCCGACUAGAACGUGCUGGAACUGCCGGCGAGGCUGUCAAAAUUGGUCACCUAGUGCAAAAGCCCGUGCAGAAACGACAGCCGCCCUCUCAGACACGGCGGCAGGUGACGAACAAUUUAAAGCCCUACGCGCUACACGAAGAGUUGUAAGCUGUUUAGCGGGAAGCAGACCCGCGCCUCAGUCCGCACGGUACCACGGCCACAACGUCCGCCAAUCCCAUCCGCCGGUUUCUUUAUCCUUCACGAGUCUCGGUUCUCGAGGUUGAUCACUCUUCAAUGCCGAUCGUCUCAAAACCCAGGCAGUGGUUGACCACGUAGCGCUGGAAAUCACGGCUGGGACGCAUCUCGAAAAUG